AUGCCCUCGUCUCCGCCAGACCCCAACCGCGACAGGCCUCCUCAGAUCCGCACAUCCAAGCCAUCCCUUGAGCCCUCGCCCGCCGUCGUCGCCACCACCUCCCCUCCCCGUCCGUCGGGCAACCACCAGCCCCAUAUCCUCACUCGGCGAUUUCUCGGGCCCAUACCUGACCGCGUCACCAGCUCUGCUGAAGUAGAAGAAAGGCGGCGCGACUUUCUCGACCUGCGGCGAAAAGCCAUAGACAAGUGGAAAAGGGAGAUCAGAGAUGAUGAUUACUCGUUGUACAGUGUCGCCGACGCCCAGAGCGAGGACGGCAGGCUACGGCGAGCAGUGUCCAAGAUUCGGAUCAAGAGGCGAAACAAGCAUGGAAUGGAGAUUGAAGAGGAUCUCGACCUUGACGAGACGGGCACUCAGCUUGGCGGCAAGGCAAAAGUCGGGAAAGAGGUGUGGGUAGGCGAGAGCUUUGAUAUCGGGCAAGAGUUCAUGUCGACCGCCGCUGCCGACACGCAUACUCCCGAGCUUGAUGAAGCUGAGCAAGGGAGCAGCCAAGCUUCAGCCUCUACCAUCAAACCCAAGCCCAUAUCCCGGCCCUCGACCACGUCUCUAGCGACAGGGGAGACGUUUGUGACAGCACGCACGGCGUUUUCACCAUCCCAGUCCUCUUUGGCUAUCGACACCCAAUCCACCAGCCAGAUCCCCAACCCUUCUCCUUCCCUCCACGGGUCUCAAAACGCACAGCUUCACUCUCCCCACACCCACCACUCCGCAUCGUCCUCGACUCAACCACUCAUCGACUCUUCCGAACUCUCAGACUCGCCUCCAGGCUCGAGCAAGAAGGGCAAAGAGCCCGCCCGUUCGGUACGCACCAACACCUCGCUACCGAACAGGCUCAAAUCUGCUUUACGCUACUCGAAACCGAAUCUCCGCGUAUCGUCCUCUGCUGUCAUUGGAGAUGACGAAGAGCAAGCAGAUCCGCGGGAGGGGCAGCAGAAAGCAAAGACUGUCCAGUUCCCAGCGGAUUAUGCGAGUGUGAUGCCGAGUUUGGCUAGGAGCGGGGACGGUGAGCCGGCAAAGCCCGAGCAUGUCUUGGAGAGGGAAGGCGCAGAGGCGGAGGGGACUAGUGCGGGGGCAGUAGAGGAGGGGCUGGGAGAGAAUGAGUGGCUGCCGGAAGAACGAAAGGUUGGAGAGGUCAUUCUGCGUGAUCGAAUGCUCGUAAGAGUAGGUUAUCACCGCGAGAACAAUAUCACCAUCUUUGACGAAACUGCCCAGCGCCGAAACCCAUGCCAAAGACUUGAUGUGUUUGAAGAAUACAUUGUGGUGUGGCGAAAAGGCCAAGUCGAAUUCUACCAAGACUGGAAAGUGCCCCUUCGCGAGCGCAUGGUCGGCACCAAACGUCUCUGUUUCGUCAUCCCUCUCCUACCCCAUCGAACGUCGCUUUCAGUCUUCAACCCGGACGAUCUUACGCUGGCUCUGACGACUUCGGUCGAAAAACUUCAUCUCGAGAUUGAGAGGCUCUUACACAUCUCAGACACAAAGGGUACACAAAUCUUCCUCUUCAAGCUAUCCGAACGAUCACGAGCUCUAGACUGGUACUGGGAACUCUUCCGAGAUCUUGGCGGGGAGCUUCCGGAUAGAUUCGACAUUUUCGCCCCUUCCCUCUCUACCUAUGUCCGCUUCCGCGUGCCCCAAGGCGAGGAAGCCGACGAAACCGCCCUUUUCAAACGGUACAACCGCGACCGCGUCAUCAAAACUUGUUGGGAGGUCCUCAACAAGGACAAUAGCAUCGACGAGUUGUUGAAGGAGAGGGAGCUUGAGAAGAGGGAGGUGAUUGAUUUGGAGUUGGUCUGGAAAGGGGCUGAUGGGGCGUUGGAUUGGGUGGCUUAUGGGAACACUGUGGAAGGGUUGAAGAGGCCGUGGGCUAUGUUGGCUGGAUUGGCGAGGGUGCAGGCGAAUGGCAGGGAGCUGCAGCUGCGACCGGCAAAACAUCAGCCAAAGUCUCUCAAGCUGGAAGAUGGCACCUGGCUCGACGAGCCUGCUGGCGUGGAGGGUUAUCUCGUCAGGCACAGACCUGCGAGUGGUCCGAAAGAGUCCAUCUAUGUGACGAUACACGAUGGCUGCAUAUUCAUGACCACGAUGAGAGAAGCCAAACCACCGUUGCUUCCCCAGGCCGAAGGAUCCAUCCCCUCCGACAUUUUCCCUGAUGUGCAUCGACAGUUCCUCCAGAACGAGCACAAACGUAUGGCAACGACUAUCCAGCGCUCGGCCGGCUGUCUGGAUCUCAGGGAUAUCACGAGUGUCAAGUUUGAGCAGGGUGCCGAGUCGAACGAUGGUCAGGGCGAGGGUACGGGGACUGUCUUCAACGUGCAUCUUGCGCAUGGGGGAGUCAUGAUCCAGCUGGAAGCGCACUCGGAGCAAGUCGCAAAGGAGUGGGUGGAAAGGCUCAAUGAUUUGAGAGGCUUUUGGAUGAGGAAGCAUCGAGUCGAGGCUCGUAUGCGUAUGGACGCAAUGGAGCUGGCUCAAAAAGGCGACAUCCUUACAGGAGCAGCGACGGAAGCUUCUGAUGAUUUCUUGUCCUCUAUCUGGGACUGGUGUACCGUCAAGGGCUGCAGGUCCAUCUGUCUGUCGGGGAGAAUGUAUAUGAAGAAGAGUACUUGGAUGAAGUUCAGAUCCAAGUAUAUGGUGCUGACUGAAGGAUCUUUGGUAUCCUUCAAGAUCACGGGCAAGAACGCUUUUCACAAGAGGAAGAAGACUUACCCGCUCUUUGGCGCAUACGUCUACUCUGGCUUGUUGGCGCACGAAGAAAUCCAUGAACCCAGCAACAGACAAGCACCCUUCACCUCGGAAUACCGAGUUUAUCAAGACGGCUUGCAGUCUAGCGAUGGGCCGCAAGAUACCACAUUCUGUGUCCGCCUCGCUAUACCGGGGUCGUCCUGGACGGCAAAGACGGUGAAUCCUUGGGAUUUAGGUGACGAUGAAGAUUACACGCCCAUGCCUCUCAGCAAGUCGCCCCAGGGCUUGCUCAUCUUUAGGGCUAGGUGCAAGUUGGAAAGAGACCGCUGGGUAUGGGCCAUCAAUGCCGAGAUGGAGCGACAAGCUAGAAGCCAUCUACGCCAGGAAAAGACUUUGCGCGAGUAUGGCAAUGUGCCCGAGAAGUGGUAG